UGGCCAACCGCCAUCUCUCACAACGACAUCUUGCGUUGGAUAGAUGUCUACUUCGACCGACUGUAUCUUACCUUGCCAGUCGUCAAUCGCACGGCCUUGUACCAAGAUCUGAUGCUCGGCAGACACAGGGAAGAUGCUGAUUUCUCCUCAAUGAUCCUGUCCAUCUGUGCGUUAGCCAUCACGCAGCCUGUCCUUCGCGAGGAGUAUCAAUUCAUGCCUGCAAGGCGCGAGCUAGCAACCAAGAUGCUACAAGCUGCUCUCGGUCUUCGCAGAUUCGACUUUGGCGAGAACGUCACGGUGGAAGGCGCCAUCGCAAGCUUCUUCAUAUUUGCAACCCUCUUCGGUAUGGGCAUGCACAAAGCUGCAUGGCUACGACUGCGCGAGUCUGUCGAGUGUGGAAAGCUUCUCGGCCUACAUCAACCGCAAACCUACGACGGUCUCGACACUCAGGUAAAAGGUCAGCGCUUCAGGUUCUUGCUCAUCCUAGCCGUGACGGAACGCGGGUUCGCAUUGCAACGGAAUCACACAAUCAGCAUCACGGGAAAGCAUGUGAAUGACAUGAAAGGGAUGUACUUGAACAUUGCUGCCGAGGCCAUGUCCGACACUCACGACAUCUACAUUCACGACGACAAAGACCUUGUUGCUGUCCAGGGGCUUCUCCAACUCAUGAGGUUGUUCGAUGCUAUCGAUGAACAGGUCAUUCCCUGUUGGAAUCGAUCAUGCGCACCGACCUUGCAAGCAUGUCAGAAACUCACCAUAAAUCAGGUCGAGAAGGUUUACCACUCUGUCGCAGAGGCUCUCGAACCAAAUGGGUCUUCCCCUUGGAUCGACAAGCCACCGUCUCUCAACGCCUCACAGUGGGCUGAUUGCUUUGUUCUUCAACAAUGGCUGCUGAUGCGUAUGUGGGUUUCUUGUCUCACGCACGAACUUCUCGACAGCAGCUCCGAGCUGAUAUUCAUGCAUCCAUCUUUCGUACUCGACAUUGCAGAGAAGGUAGCCAGUGAGUGCGUGGCUCUGGAAACGGAUAUACUUGAGGUUCAUGGCAGCGGCAUGAUUGAGCGGAUUCACGACAUUGCGAUGGGUGUCAUCAUGGCUGCACAAGGGUAUGACGAAGUUGUGGAUAUUCAACGCACACAAUUGAUUCUGGGCUCGUACAUACAGCUAUUGAGGCAGUUUCGAGACCAGGGCCGUCCUUUCACCACGGCACUGGAAACUGCUCAGCUCUCAAUCAUCGGCUAG